CCAAUAGCAAUUUCCGUUGCUGUGAAUUUAGCAGACGAAUGUUGUGCCUGUCCAAAAACAAACUUGUGUGUUUCACUGAAAGAAAUCAAACAUUCGUUUCUUUUUCUGUGUAUUUUUAAAAUACUAUUUUAGUUAAUAGUAUGGCUCAGAAAACUGUAAACAAGGGGCCAAGGGAACUGUGGUCUGAGAUAGAAACCGAAACGUUUGUUGACCAAUUCAUCUUAAACAAGGAUGUCAUUGAAGGUGCUUUUGAUAGUUGUGUCUCUAGGGAAGCUAAAACUGCUGCGUGGGAAAUUAUAGCACACGUUCUUAGAACAUCCUUUGCUGAAUCUAAACCGAGAAGUGUUGAAGAACUAAAAAAGAAAUGGAAUAAUUUGAAAACGGUGGCAAAGAAAGAUAUUGGGUUAUAUGCCAACUCACUUAAGGGGACAGGUGGUGGCCCAGCAUUUCAGCUGAAGCCACUGUACGAGAAACUUCACAUACAUGUUUUUAAGAAAGACAACCCAUGUCUGCCAGGAGAAAUAAUUUCCGGAAGCUGUGAUUCUGAGACUCUUGACGAGGAAGCUUUAAAAUCGCUGUACGACCAAGUUCAACACGGUGAUGCAAGGCUACAAGAUAUUGAUUUUGAAGUAACAGACGAAAUCCGGGAAGCACACAAUUCGUCUCCUAUACCAACGACACCGUUUCCUUUGGCCAUAUGCGAUGGAAGGUCGUCAGGAUUGCCAAUUGCAGCCGUGCCAGUGAUUCCAUCAAAGUCUGCCAUUACGUCAUACUCAGCAACUCCGUCAGGUUCAGCUACUCCAUGAUCAUCAGCAACUCAUUCACGACCAUCUUCUUUAGCCCCUUUUGACGGGAGUGUUGAAAGUAGCAGAAAACGUUCAUCAACCACACAAUUAAGCAUGAGACAGCAGGUAAAAAACGCAAAAUUGAAUGUUUGCUCAUCAUCUGAAACAUCUGCAAACUACCGUGUGAAAGAACAGCGGCUCAAAGUGCUAGUAUUGAUUAUGCAAGCUAGACGUGAACUAGGCGAGCCAUAUGACAAAUCUGAACUUCCUAGCGAUCUUCAUGAUCUUAUUUUCAACUCAAAAGACGAACUGUGAUGCACACAAAUGAAAUCAUUGUAUAAAACAAAAUACACUGUUUCAAAAUGAA